GCAGAAAGUUGAGCGACGACAACGACACAAAGGACAUACAGUCUUCCUCGCUGCUACUUCCUCAAAGCAGGCUUCAAGCUACUCAAGGCCGCCGUCGCCGCUGCAGCUUCAUCAACCAUCCAUCCAUUCAUACCUGGCUUUUGUGUGUCUUCGCCGCACACACAGGCCAUGCCACACGACCAUGGCGUCAAAAAACCAGCAACAGAUCCACGCGCACGCGUCCUAGAACGCGCCUUUGACGUCGAACCGUAUGAAUGGCUCGAACAUGAUUACCCACUCAUUCCUAUCGUCCUUGGCAAGUAUGAUCCCGAGCGACAAUUUUGCACUGUAGCGUGUCCCUUUGAGGAGUUUGCGAGUAAAUGCUCGUGUCCUAAUCCAAAGCAUCGUGAAGUGACGCCUGCGACGCAUAAGGGGAGCAUCAUGGUGCAUAUCAAGGGACUUUGCAGGCAUGCGUGGACAACGGACGCGCAGUGUUCGUAUGGGCUCUGGUUUGGGCCUGGAUCGAAGCACAAUGCAUCGCAUCGCAUACCCUCCAGGCGUGUCAAUACCACGCAAAAGGCAGAGAUAUUUGCGGCAAUGCAAGCCUUGACCUAUAUACGCAACAAGAUACAGCAAAAGGAAGUCUUGCGCUCAAAUAGACUCCAACAAAUUGUGUUGGUGUGCGACUCGGAGUACCUCCUUGAAGCCAUCACGCAUAAUGUACUACACUGGCGCGCUGCUAAUUGGCGUACAGAGCGUGGUGGUAAACUGGUGCGUAAUUCACGAUUAAUGCAAAAGCUGGAUGACUUGGUCUCUCAAUUCGAGGAGGAAGGCGUGGCAGUUGAGUUUUGGGAAGUGGAGAGGGAGUUGAAUGAGGAUGCAACUGAGUUUGCCGCUCGAGCACUACGAGGUAAGACAACUUGUCGUCUUGAACAAAAAGAGCUAACAGCAGAUCGCAACGAUGAGCUCAUGUCGAUGUUUGCACAACUUGCUAUUGAGCACAAGAACAAAGCUCGAAGGCAACGACAUCAUGCACACGAGCAGCGUCACAAAGCAGUCGAUUUCUAAUGGUUCAAUUUCACUCUCUCUUGCGUAGCGCUAGCAUUCAUUUCGAGAUACCCAAGCCAUCACAGCG